ACUUCCUAUAAACUUGUAUCUCACCCAAACAAAAAACAUCAACACACACACGCACACAGAUCCACCACCAUGGAGCAUUCUCCCUUCCUCCUCCUCCUCUCCACCGUCCUCCUCCUCCUCACAGCCACUCCCGGCACCCAUUCUCAGCCAGCCGCCGCUCCAGCUCCACCAGGACCCACAAACGUCACCAAAAUCCUCGAAAAAGCAGGCCAGUUCACAGUCUUCAUCCGACUACUCAAAUCAACCGGCGUUGCUAACCAACUCUACGGCCAGCUCAACAACUCCGACAACGGAAUCACCAUCUUCGCACCGAGCGACUCCUCCUUCUCAAGUCUCAAAGCCGGAACCCUAAACUCCUUAUCGGACGAGCAACAAGUGGAGCUAAUUCAGUUUCAUGUCGUACCAAGUUAUGUCUCUUCCUCAAACUUCCAAACCAUCAGUAACCCUCUCCGGACUCAGGCCGGUGACUCCGCCGAGGGACAUUUCCCUCUCAACAUCACGACCAGUGGCAAUACCGUAAAUAUCACCUCCGGUGUAACCAACACCACCGUCUCCGGAAAUGUCUACAGCGAUGGACAGCUAGCUGUUUAUCAGGUUGAUAAGGUUUUGCUUCCUCAACAAGUUUUCGACCCUCGUCCCCCUGCGCCGGCUCCAGCUCCGACGGUAUCAAAGUCGAAGAAGAAGAAAGAUGAUGGUGAUAGUCCCGAUGAUGAUUCUCCGGCGGACGCUUCGUUUGCUUUGCGUGAAGUUGGUUCUGUUCGUAAUGCCGUGUCGUUUUGCGUCAUUAGUAUAUCGCUUGCAUGGUUUUAUUUGUGAUGAUAUGUUGUUCUAUUAUUACUCAUGCAUUUUUCUUCCUUGUGAUUUUGAAGUAUUAUUUCUCUGUUGUUUUUCAUGGAAACUACGUUUGAUUAACCAUAUUUGGUUUUUAUUUUGUUUCA